AUACGGUGCAUUGAUGCACAGUCGCACAGAAUGUCCGUAGACUAUACAUUAUUACACUCUAAAUUGUAAUUGUAGACUGAAGAGGUCUAGAAGUAUAUGCAUAAACGUUAGCAAGUUUUUUUGUUAAUUAAUUUGAUUUGUUGUGUAAAAAGUAAAAACAAGUCAUGUCUGUAAGUGCAUUGACGGUGGCCGGUUCUAGGACGUCUGGAACACCCAUCCGUACACAAAAUGUGAUGGCAGCAAAUGCUAUUGCAAACAUUGUUAAAAGCUCAUUAGGACCAGUGGGUCUGGAUAAAAUGUUGGUUGAUGACAUCGGAGAUGUCACUGUAACCAACGACGGUGCUACUAUUUUGAAAUUGUUGGAUGUCGAACAUCCAGCUGCUCGAGUCCUUGUUGAAUUGGCUCAGUUACAAGAUGAAGAAGUCGGUGAUGGCACAACAUCAGUUGUUAUAAUAGCUGCAGAAUUACUGAAAAAUGCAGAUGAGUUGGUUAAACAAAAAAUACAUCCAACUUCUAUCAUAAGCGGAUAUCGAUUGGCAUGCAAAGAAUCUUGUAAAUAUAUACAGAACAAUUUAACUGUAAAUGUUGAUGAUUUACGUCGUGAUUGGUUGGAAAAUGCUGCUACUACAUCUAUGUCUAGCAAAUUAAUCAUGGCUGAUUCAGAAUUUUUUUCCAAAAUGGUUGUAGAUGCAUGCAUGCUUGUGAAACGACCAUCUGAUAAACGUGGUGGAGUGUCUGUACCUAUUAAGACUAUUAAUGUUCUUAAAGCACAUGGUAAAAGCGCACGAGAAAGUUUACUCAUUCAAGGAUAUGCUUUGAAUUGUACCGUUGCUUCUGAAGCAAUGCCAAAAAAAAUCUUAAAUGCCAAAAUUGCAUGUUUAGAUUUUUCUCUACAAAAGACUAAAAUGAAAUUAGGUGUACAAGUUUUGGUGAAUGAUGUUGAUCAGCUUGAAGCGAUACGUCAACGUGAGUCAGAUAUAACUAAAGAGCGAGUUCAAAAAAUUUUGGCAACGGGAGCUAAUGUUAUAUUAUGCACUGGUGGUAUUGAUGACAUUUGCUUGAAAUAUUUCAUCGAAGCAAAAGCUUUGGCUGUACGCCGUGUUAAGAAGGUUGAUUUAAAAAGAAUUGCAAAAGCUACUGGUGCAUCUUUUUUGACUUCUUUAACAAAUAUGGAAGGAGAAGAGACUUUUGAAAGUUCUAGUCUUGGUGAAGCUGCUGAAGUAGUACAAGACCAAAUAUCUGAUGAUGAAUUAAUAAUUGUUAAAGGACCAAAAGCUCAAAGCGCUGCAUCAAUUAUACUACGUGGACCAAAUGAUUUUUAUUGUGAUGAAAUGGAACGAUCCAUUCAUGAUGCCUUGUGUGCUGUUCAGCGUGUACUUGAAUCCAAAUCUGCUGUAGCUGGUGGUGGAGCAGUUGAAGCAGCUUUAUCUAUUUAUUUAGAAAAUUUUGCCACAUCUUUGAGUUCCCGGGAACAGCUGGCUAUUGCAGAAUUUGCACGCUCUUUGUUAGUUAUCCCUAAAACCUUAGCAAUUAACGCUGCACAGGACGCUACAGAGUUAGUGGCUAAACUCAGAUCUUACCAUAAUGAAAGUCAAACAAGUAGUGAAAAUGAUGUUUAUAAAUGGUACGGAUUAGAUUUAGAAGAAGGUGAAAUACGUGACAAUUUAAAAGCUGGUGUCUUAGAACCUGCUAUAUCUAAAAUUAAGUCAUUGAAAUUUGCAACAGAGGCUGCAAUAACUAUUCUCAGAAUAGAUGAUAUGAUUAAAUUAGAUCCUGAACAAAAAGCUGGCCGUGGAUAUCAGCAAGCCUAUGAUGCUGGAGAACUUUAAUUAAUAAACAAUAUUCAUGAAAAAUUAACACUAGGUUACUAAUAUUUUUUAAUACAUUUUGUAUGCUAUGUGCAAAAAAAGCAUAUUUUACUUUGUUAUUAUUUAAACUAUUUUCAUGC